CCCGCAUUUCUUUCUGAGAGGCGAACAGCAGACAGGCAUUUGAGAUUCUAUAUAGCGGGAGAAUAUAGUGUUGGCAACGCUCUUUCAUCCUCCAACAUUCCUCGACAUGCAGUUAUGAUUUUGUGAAAUUGACAACAAAGAACAGUGGAUUGGAGAAGGAUUGAGAUAUCAGUACAAAGAAACUAAGAGAGUCACCUACUCCAAGCAGUGUAGAGGGGGAAACCAACUACUGCAGCGCCAUGGCUGACCCAAUAAAGCUGGCUGACCCAAAGCUGGCUGAACUAAGAGACAGCAUGGCAGAUUUUACAGUUCAGACGGCCAAGCACUCCAACCCUCCAAUCUCCUCCACUCCCCUGCGGCCGCCCAGCGAACAGCAGUCCAAGGACCGGGCCUCCAAAAGGCUUUCCUCCGAGUCCAACGGGACCAGCGAGGGUGGGGCAGGGUCGCGGACGCCCGUGGAGAUAACCGCACUGGAGGAGUCGUUCCGGCGCUUCGCCAUCCACGGCGACACACGUGCCACAGGAAAGGACAUGCAUGGCAAGAACUGGUCCAAGCUGUGCAAGGACUGCGGUGUCAUCGACGGAAAAACUGUCACCCUCACGGACGUGGAUAUCGUCUUCACUAAAGUCAAGAAGAAAUCGUGUCGCACCAUCACGUUUGACGAGUUCAAGGCAGCGGUGGGAGAGCUGGCCAGCAAGAGAUUCAAGGAGAAAACGGGAGAGGAGGCGGAGGGGGAGGUCUUCAGGAUGAUUGAGGGGAAGAAACCGGUCAUUAAAGGAGUCACGAGAGCGGUGGCUUCUCCCACCGUGUCUCGUCUGACGGACACGACCAAGUUCACUGGGUCACACAAGGAGCGCUUUGACGAGAGUGGCCGUGGGAAGGGGAAGGCAGGUCGCGUGGACAUGGUGGACACAUCCGGGUACGUCGCAGGAUACAAACACCUCGGGUCAUAUGAGAAGAAAGUCACCAAGCCCACCGGGCCCCCUGGAGGAGGGCACUCUGGAGGGGCACUCUGGAGGAGGGCCCCCUGGAGCCGGGCCCCCUGGAGCCGGGCACUCUGGAGGAGGGCACUCUGGAGGAGGGCCCCCUGGAGCCGGGCACUCUGGAGGAGGGCACUCUGGAGGAGGGCCCCCUGGAGCCGGACCCCCUGGAGCCAAGCCAGUGUGAAGAAAGAAACAAACAGAAACAUAAGACCAACUACUAGGAUAAUAAUUUUCUAAAGAAAGAACUCCAUGAAAGCACAACAAAACGAUAGGAUUUCAUAUUUUCUCACCCAUCUUGUUUUCUUUUCGCGAGUGGGAUGUUUUGAGUUCCUCUCUUUUUUGUUAUGUGUGAGAACUGGAAAACUGUUUACAUCAAUUUUUACAGCUGGUACAUUCCUGACAGAUCGCAAGUUACUGCCAAAGGUUCAAAUGAAGCCACCAACCAACAAGGGAAACAACUGUUUUACUCUGCAUUCUUUGAAACCUCUUCAUGAUGAUAGGCAUCUUCACAUAUGUAUUAUAAGCACUAUGAAUAACACCAUGCCAAGAAAAACUAAUAAGAGAAGGAAGGGUUCGCCAAAUGAUUUAACAAGAUUGCACUUUGCUUUAGAUGGGCAAUAGCUUCUUUUCCCAUUUUUAGUUGAAGAAACACGUCCUUAAUUUCAUACUUUUUAGUUAGUUGAAUGUCUAUUGGCAUAAACUGGUGAAGUAGAUAUACUGGUAGGUUGUUAUAUUGAUCAAACCAUCUUCAAUAUCAACUUUCUGCCUUUCCUCUGGUCAAUGAGGUCUGCUGUAUGAGUCUUCAUCUACUGGCUGUCUGAGUCUUCAUCUACUGGCUGUCUGAGUCUUCAUCUACUGGCUGUCUGAGUCUUCAUCUACUGGCUGUCUGAGUCUUCAUCUACUGGCUGUAUGAGUAUUCAUCUACUGGCUGUAUGAGUCUUCAUCUACUGGCUGUAUGAGUCUUCAUCUACUGGCUGUAUGAGUAUUCAUCUACUGGCUGUAUGAGUCUUCAUCUACUGGCUGUAUGAGUAUUCAUCUACUGGCUGUAUGAGUAUUCAUCUACUGGCUGUAUGAGUCUUCAUCUACUGGCUGUCUGAGUCUUCAUCUACUGGCUGUCUGAGUCUUCAUCUACUGGCUGUCUGAGUCUUCAUCUACUGGCUGUCUGAGUCUUCAUCUACUGGCUGUCUGAGUCUUCAUCUACUGGCUGUAUGAGUAUUCAUCUACUGGCUGUAUGAGUAUUCAUCUACUGGCUGUAUGAGUAUUCAUCUACUGGCUGUAUGAGUCUUCAUCUACUGGCUGUAUGAGUAUUCAUCUACUGGCUGUCUGAGUCUUCAUCUACUGGCUGUCUGAGUCUUCAUCUACUGGCUGUAUGAGUAUUCAUCUACUGGCUGUAUGAGUCUUCAUCUACUGGCUGUCUGUUCUCCUUUAUACUUCAUCAUAGUUUACACAUAUUGACGACAACAUCGUUUGCCUUCAAUUGUUCUUAAAAUAACUAAACCUUUAAACAGGAUAUGUAGAAGUUCUGUAUCUUCCUGUCUUUAGCUACGUAUAUCAUAUGAAUGAUAACAUUUUAUUUUUGUUCAUUCUACUGUCAGAUAUCAAGUUUGUUAUCUAUGAGUCUUAACUUCCCUUUCUUGUGAAUUUUGCUUUUAUAAACGUUCUGUGAAGUUAUAUCGAUACUGUACCUUAUGUAUUUACAACACAAGGAGAAGAAUACUGCUAGAAUGAUUUCAUAUCCUAAGGCCACGUCUUGUCUGGUUCAUUCUGAAACCCUCAUCAAUUAUUUACACCCAACAUAUUAAACGACAAUAGGUAAAUGAC